AUGGAAAUGAUGUAUUAUCAGUUGAGCAACUCAUCUUACCAAGACUCCCUCAAAGUUUUGGAGGCUGAUAUUCAGCAUGCUAAUGCUUUAGCUGCUGCAAUUCCAAGGGGCAAGGGUGGAGCGCGUCUGCAGAUGAAAUUAGUUUACAAUCACUGGGCUCCUCUCAUUUUCUUUUUGCUACAACGGAUAGAUUGUUCUUGUAUUGGCCUACUCCCCAGAUAUCUAAAUUUCUUUCAUGUACUAGUAUAUAAGGUACAUACCGAUGGUAGACCAAGGCUAUCUAAGCAUGGAAGGAAAGCAACAAUUCGGGAAUUCUAUGGUGUUAUAUUACCAUCUCUUCAGCGGCUUCAUAGUAACUUAGAAGAGUUGGAGGAUGUUAAGGGAGAUAAUUAUGGCAUGGAGAUUUUGUGCAAAAAGAAGGCGGAAGGAGGUAACAGGUUUGCCAAUAUUGAUUUAGAGAGGGAAGAUGAAUGUGGAAUUUGUUUGGAGCCCUGCACCAAAAUGGUCUUGCCUAAUUGUUGUCAUGCAAUGUGCAUCAAAUGCUACCACAAUUGGAACACAAGGUCAGAAUCCUGCCCUUUUUGCCGUGGCAGCUUAAAGAGAGUCAACUCGGAAGACUUAUGGGUUCUCACUUGUAACAAUGAAGUUGCUGACACAAAAGCGAUUUCCAAAGAGAAUUUGUUGCGCUUCUACCUCUACGUCAAUAGCUUGCCAAAAGAUUAUCCUGAUGCCCUUUUCUUAGUGUAUUAUGAGUACCUAAUGUGA